GGAGCCUGGAGUUCUUGGCCGUGGUUUUUUCCUCUGAGUCGGAAUCAUUUUCUCCCCGGGCUUCCAGAAUCACCAGAGGAAUCUUCAUGGCAGAAUCUACAAGCCGCGCCACCUUCUCUCUCUGCAGCCAAGCCCACGACGCCCUAGAAACUUCCCUGGAACGUCCUGUCUGUGCCUGGCUGAUGCGGAGACUUGCCGUCCCGGUUCACCUUCUUGUCGCCUCUGUUCUGAGAGGAGAAGGCGACUUGAGCUCUCCUAUGACGAGGCGCCCAGAAACCGCCACGGACUUCCUUCUUUCCUGCGCCGGUGCUCGUGGUCAGGAAAGCCGAUCGACUGGUCCCGUGUGUUACUGCCAUUACACCUGUGUGACCUCGGACCCGACGGAGUCCUGUUUCGCACCUAUGGGGACUGCUUUCCCGCACCGCUGUGAGGAAGCAGUAGAAUAACCCCGAGGACCGGACGGCGGGAUGGCGGGGGCUCUGCUGGGUGCCCUGCUCCUCCUGGAGCUCCUCGGUGGAGGUGACGGCAAGAACGAAGAGCUACGUCUCUACCACCAUCUUUUCGACAACUAUGACCCAGAACGCCGGCCGGUGAAGGAGCCUGAAGACACUGUCACCAUCACCCUCAAGGUCACCCUGACCAACCUGAUCUCACUAAACGAGAAAGAGGAGACCCUCACCACCAGCGUCUGGAUUGGAAUCGACUGGCAGGAUUACAGACUCAACUUCAGUAAGGACGACUUCGGGGGCAUAGAAACCUUGCGGGUCCCUUCGGAGCUCGUGUGGCUGCCUGAGAUCGUGCUGGAAAACAACAUCGACGGCCAGUUCGGCGUGGCCUACGACGCCAACGUGCUGGUCUACGAGGGCGGCUACCUGAGCUGGCUGCCCCCGGCCAUCUACCGCAGCAGCUGCGCCGUGGAGGUCACCUACUUCCCCUUCGACUGGCAGAACUGCUCGCUCGUCUUCCGCUCGCAGACGUACAACGCCCGAGAGGUGGAGUUCGUCUUCGCCGUGGAUGACGAGGGCGAGACCAUCAGCAACAUCGACAUCGACACCGAGGCCUACACUGAGAACGGCGAAUGGGCCAUCGAUUUCUGCCCCGGACUGAUCCAUCACCACGGGGGCACCGCGGACGACCCGGGGGGCAUUGACGUCAUCUACACGCUCAUCAUCCGCCGGAAGCCACUCUUCUACACAAUCAACAUCAUCGUGCCCUGCGUGCUCAUCUCGGGUCUGGUGCUGCUCGCCUACUUCCUGCCGGCGCAGGCCGGCGGCCAGAAGUGCACCGUAUCCAUCAACGUCCUGCUGGCGCAGACCGUCUUCUUGUUCCUGAUCGCCCAGAAAACCCCCGAGACGUCGCUGAGCGUGCCGAUGCUGGGCAGGUACCUCAUCUUCGUCAUGGUGGUCGCCACGAUCAUCGUCAUGAAUUGCGUCAUCGUGCUCAACUUGUCACUGCGGACGCCCACCACGCACGCCGCGUCUCCGCGGCUGCGCCACGUCCUGCUUGAGCUGCUGCCUCGCCUCCUGGGCUCCGGCGCGCCGCCCGAGCCCCCCCGGGCCGCCUCCCCGCCCCGGCGCGCGUCGUCGGUGGGCCUGCUGCUCCGCGCCGAGGAGCUGAUACUGAAAAAGCCGCGGAGCGAGCUCGUGUUUGAGGGGCAGAGGCACCGGCAUGGGCCCUGGACCGGUGAGCGGGGAGGACUCCGGGCGGGUCGGCGCGGGCGCCCGCGGCGGGGCGGGCUUCCCAGUGACCACCACCCCCCUCCCCGCCCGGGCGUCCCCACCAGCCGCCCUCUGCCAGAGCCUGGGCGCCGCCGCCCCCGAGGUCCGCUGCUGCGUGGACGCCGUGAACUUCGUGGCCGAGAGCACGCGAGACCAGGAGGCCUCCGGCGAGGUGCGGCAGGCACGGGAGGUCGGGGCGGGUGCUGGCUCGGGGGAGGCCCCUUCCCGGCCCCAGCCGGUGCCUGCUCCCUCCCCAGGAGGUGUCCGACUGGGUACGCAUGGGGAAGGCCCUCGACAACAUCUGCUUCUGGGCCGCCCUGGUGCUCUUCGGCGUGGGGUCCAGCCUCAUCUUUCUGGGGGGCUACUUCAAUCAAGUGCCCGAGCUGCCCUACCCGCCGUGUAUGUAGACGGCUCUUCCACCGCCUCCGGGAGGAAACCGGGCGUGAAAAAUCCAAGUUGCGGUCGCUACCGUAGUGGGAUUCUUUCCCAAUGCCGAUAAUAAACCCGGGCCUUUCCGUCUCAAGAGGAGUCGUGUGCGCACACGCGUGGUGGGUCUGGCCACCGGGCAGGGGGCAGAAGCAGAGGGCAGACGGUUCAGGCAGGCUCUUGGGUGCCAGUCUGGAAACGGAUGCCCGCCCCUCCGCUCAGCCUUGCUGACCUCCCAGCUCUUCUGAGGCCCUCGUCCCGCGUUACCCUCCAGCCCUGUGAGCUUCUGAGCGCUCUUUAUCCCUUGAUUAACCAAAGCGAAGACGCCCCUUGGCAGGACUUGACGGAAGCCUGACCCUUCCCUGUUGGAGUGGGCAGGGGCCACAGGCUCUCAGCAAAGGUUUCCAUCCACCCCCCCCCCACCCCCGCCCACAGGGUAAGGCUGAGGGUGCCCCGGGGCACCCUCAGUCACUUCUGAUUUACCCAGCAUGGCCCCCCUGACCGCUUCCACCAAAACCCACUCCUGCAGCUUCUGCCCCGCCCCGUCUGCCCCCUCUCUCCCACCUCUGCUGGCUUAUCCUGGCUGGUGUCCAGGACCGGGAGAGAAAACGGAAAUAAAAGGGGGCCCGAGAUGGUG